UAAAUAUUAAUUAAAUAAAUUUCCAAGGUCGGUUGGUUGAAAUACGCGUACCAGUGAUUGUCGAGGGGCCAGACGACAACUAUUCAACAAUUGACUUGAGCUCAAGACUCUCCAAGUCGUUGCUAUAUGGACUAUGUAGGGAGAGCUCUCUUCUGUCUUCGUUUCUUUCUCAGAUCAAUAACUUAAUGGAUGAAGAAGGAGAGUUCGGCUUCAAUGGUUACUUGUACGACAGCUAUGGAACUUCCAAUCUUAACUCCAACGGCUUGAUGACGCUGACAAAUUCGAGCGUACAAAAAACUGGUCAAGUUUUCUAUAACAACCCACUCCGAUUCAAGAAAUCACCAAACGGUACCGUUUCGUCUUUCUCCACUACGUUUGUUUUCGCUAUAAUCUCUGAGAUUCCAAUUCUUAGUGGCCAUGGAAUUGCUUUUGCCAUUUGUCCUACCAAAGGCUUGCCCUAUAGCACUGCCUCACAAUAUCUAGGGCUCUUUAAUAUCUCAAACAAUGGAAAUUCCUCAAAUCAUCCAAAGAUUCCACUGCUUUCUCUUACCAAAGAUCUAUCGCCAUAUCUCUUGGAUUCUAUGUACGUUGGCUUCACUUCAUCCACAGGCUCUGUUCUUUCGUCUCAUUAUGUUCUUGCUUGGAACUUCAAGCUCAAUGGGAAAGCUUCAAACAUAGAUCCAUCUCGUCUUCCAAGACUUCCUAGUAAAUAUCAAGAAGGUUCUCGGGCUAGUCUGAAAAAGAUCUUGGCCAUCAGUUUGAGCUUAACCGGCCUCGCAAUCCUCAUCUUCUUGACUAUAAGUUAUAUGCUUUUCUUGAAAAGGAAGAAGUUAAUCGAAGUUCUUGAAGACUGGGAGGUUCAGUUUGGCCCACAUAGGUUCGCUUACAAGGAUCUUUACAUUGCCACAAAGGGUUUCAAGAACAGUGAGCUUCUUGGUAAAGGAGGGUUUGGAAAAGUCUACAAGGGUAGAUUAUUGUCCUCUAACAUGGACAUCGCCGUGAAGAAAUGGGUUCAAGUCAUCAUUCACAGGGACAUUAAGCCAGCUAACAUCCUCCUUGAUGAAUCCAUGAACGGGAAGCUCGGUGAUUUUGGUCUCGCGAAGCUCUGUGAACACGGGAUUGAUCCUCAAACCUCUAACGUGGCUGGUACGUUUGGAUACAUCUCACCAGAGCUCUCACGAACAGGAAAGGCAAGCACAAGCUCUGAUGUGUUCGCGUUUGGAGUAUUCAUGUUAGAGAUUACUUGUGGGCGAAGACCCGUUCUGCCACGAGCAUCUUCGCCGAGCCAGAUGGUUCUUACGGAUUGGGUGCUGGAUUGUUGGGAAGAUGACAUAUUGCAAGUGGUUGAUGAGAGGGUUAAGCAUGCUGGUGGGUACCUUGAGGAGCAAGUUACUCUGGUUCUGAAACUCGGUUUGCUCUGUUCGCACCCGGUUGCAGCCAUUAGACCAAGCAUGUCGAGCGUCAUCCAGUUCUUGGAAGGUGUGGCUCAGCUACCUAACAACUUGCUUGACAUUGUGAAAGCUCGAGAAAUCGUUGGAGCUACCCAAGUUUCUGGUGAAGCAGCUGAGUCACUUGCACAGCCCAGCUCGGUUGCUACGGUGACGUUUACUGAACCCUUUGUUUCGCUUGGGCGC